CGAGUUAGUUGCUAAACGAUACUCACCGCGAACGGUACCGGAGUCAGCUUACUGUAACAACCAAUCCAAUUUGUUCAAUGUUUUGUUCCUAAAAAGUGUCGCGUUGGGUACUCGAGAAUCUUAACUUGCUCAAACUUGUUCUCAGUCAAGUUACACUUCGUUUGCUCUUAACCAGUUAAGAAAACAAUAUCAUAAUCGGAGUGGCUUGAGAACGAAACGGUGCUUAUAUUUCUAGACCGGAGAUCUUCGAGUGAAGAAACGUAAGACCUCGUACGGGCUGAUUGCUUAUCACAAACCGUGAUAACGAUUGCGGUGUUAUUCGAGCGUGUAGAGGCAAGAUAUCACUGAAAAGGCGCGAUGGAUCCCAGUAUUCUAGCAACCAUGGACCGUGACGCACUGAAGAAGCAAAUCGAGAACAUGAAGUACCAGGCUUCGAUGGAGCGGUGGCCAUUGUCCAAGAGCAUCGCAGCGAUGCGAGAGUACGUGGAAGAGAACGAGAAGAAUGACCCGCUGAUCCAUGCACCUGACAAGAAGAACAAUCCAUGGGCAGAAAAGGGCAAAUGUGUCAUCAUGUAAAUACCAUCAAGACAGCAGACAGCUGCUCCCACUACUACUAAUACUACUACUACUACUACUACUACAACUAGUACCACAACACAUCCAUCCAUACAACCUUCUUCACCUAAUUUCAUACCUUCCACAGUACCACUGAAUGCUACCACUGCUACUACUACUACUAAUAGUAACUAUUGCUCAUCUACAGCAAUUACAUAUAUUACAAAUUUGAACCGAACUUUCAUAGACUCAACUGCGAAUCUUCACUAUUUAUAAAGCCUUGUUUCAGUGGUCUGUUUGAUGUUGUGCCGUUUUAUUUGUUGGUUUUUGUUUAAGUGCCAUGGCAUCCUGUUAAGGCUUUCGCAUUUAAUUAUAUGUUAUGUUUAUAGAAGAGUAAUUGACAGGCGAAAAAUGAAUCUGAAAUAAAGAUACUCUAAAUUACCGGUGAGACGAUCGACCAGAAUAAUCAUAUGCAUGAUCGAGCAACUCGCAUUGUUUUAUUUUAUUUUUGUAUAUCUAUGAAACGUCCUUUUAGUUUCGAUUCGGCGAAGGUAUGGUUUUAUUGUAAGCCCUCAGAGCAACAGUAAAACUCGGAACGAGAUAAGAAACACAAAUUCCAUCCUCCUGCACAGUGGUUCCCGAUUUUCCACACAACAUCAUCGCGAAACUGUCAGCCGCAAACAACGACAGUCUGCGAGACUAAUAUGAAGCAUGAUCCGGGAGAUGAUUUUUUAAGCUAACACGACGAAGGCGGUGGCAAUCGGGGAAAUAUGUGAUGUUUGGUUUUUGGUUGAGUUUCGUUUCCUAACUGGAAUGUUAGUUUUAUUUCGAAGUAAUUCAGCUGGCAGGACAAGCAGACCGAAAAAAAAUAUGGAAGUUAACAAAACCACAUGAAUGUGAAGCCUGUUUGAGCUCCAAGCUGUUAGGGAUAAUACAUUGACGCUUACUUGGCGCUUCUGAUGUUAUUGUGAUUUACUCAGUUUAAAGGAAAACCAUAAGCUACAUUGAGUAAUCCACUGUAACAACUAUAAACUCCUUACCACUUUCCCGUUGUGAAAAUCAUUCUCCGCCACAUGUUUUGAGAUUAAGGUUAAAUUAAUUAAGACCAACCUUAGCUUAACAGAUGAAUAAGUUUAACGAUCCAUUUCCAGUGUGUUCCUGAAUCGAAUCCGUGAGAAUCGAUAGUGUUUCCAGUGCUUUUUUGUAUGUGUACACGUUCGUUCGAAAGUCGAAUUAGCUGUAUUUCCAAAAACCAAGAAAACAAUAAUAACAGAGUUUUAAUUUAGCGACAUUAACAAUAGAGUCCAAGUUUUGAUAGAAUUCUUUUGGCCUUUAAGUUACUUUACACAAACAGUGUUAGACGAUGGAUGUAACCUUAUUUGACGAAGUCGAUUGAUAAAACAUACAAUCAUAAGACCAAAUAUAAUCAUGCUAAGGAUGGCAGAUAUCAGAUCAAAUACCUGAGAGGUUACAUGGGUUUCGAAACUUCCAACCAUAUUUAUAUUUAUUUAUGUAUAAUGUUAUUACAACUAAUCCUAUAUGUUUUUAACAAUCAACGUUUUUUUUAUAUUUCAAUGAGUAAAUCAAAUAUUAGUGUUUUUUUUUUCAAGUCCACGUUCAAUUACGAUUAAGAUACUUUUACUUUGCAAUACUAUUAGAACGUUUUGGUUCACUUAAAAUCAAAAUCUAUUUGUUAAUGAUUCAAACAAUCAUGAGUUAUAUUUAGCUUAGGAACCCAUGCAACUCCUUGAAAAAUGUUGCACAGUUAAUACUAUUAUAAUCGUAGCAUUCACUCAUCUUGCAAACUAAGCUCAUCAAUAAGCUAAAGUUUUUAUUCUACAACAGUUCGUAUUAUAAAAAAAAAAACAAAACAAAACAAACAACUCGGUAUGUACUUUGAUUCAUAGACACGGUGUCGAAAAAAUACAAAAUGAAAAAUAAAAUCGAAUAUAAAAUAUGAUAUAUGAGGGGGAAGAUUGAAGCUCGAAAGUUUGUAUUUGCACGCAAGUGGCUGUAUGCAAGAUACAGUUUCAAAUUGGUUUGUAUCUUAACUAAAAAGGAACCGUCAGGAUUUGUUAAGCUUUAAUUAUACCCUCUUAUCACGUAAUAAAAUAGCAAUUUCACACGAUAAUCAAUAGUGUUGCUUUAAACAAUUUAUUCUCAAUUUAAUAAAUAACAGCGUAUAACGAUUCAAGGUUCAGUAAAGGAGCUUCAAUCCAAAUUUCCCAAUAACGCGUCGACAGAUUACUAAUAGAAGUUUGAAUUCGCUAAUUUGGUUGUUUCUUCAUUACUAACUUAUAAAAAUCAUAAAAGUGUUCAUAUUAGAGAAUGUAAAAGCUACGUUGGAUAUUUCUUACCUUAAUAAUAAACAAAGGGCAUAACAAUGAGAUAAAAUAAAGUCAAGUGAUUAAAGUUUGUAUUCUUUCAGCACUUUAACACUGAAAAUUGGAUAAGAACAUUUUCCUAGGAAAAAUAAAAACAAGGAAUACAAGUAUUUACAUAUAAAACCAACGAGACAUCAGCUCUCCGAGAAUCUGAUACUGCCGCGAUUCAAUUGGGCAAACAACAUGUGGAUAAUAUUACAAAAUGACGAAAUCAAGUAUUGGCAAAUGCGUCGGUUAGUUUUCAACGAAUUGAAAAAAAGUAUUACUUUCUGUAAUAGUUUCCAUUAUGGAUAGUGUGAGCUCCAGUAUCUUUUGCAUGAACAGCAACCGAAUUUAUCGAUAAAACGCAUAGACAGAGAGAAAAGAAUAAAUAAAAAUUUGAAUUACUUUUUCCACGGUGACGAAUAAAGAUAGUAAUAAAGAUUACCGAAACUA